UUUCUGGGGAGGAAUUGUAGGUUUAGGCAGAAAGAUUUUUCGGCGGCAGUGCCGCGGUAGACCCGGCUUUGGUUUUACAGCGGUGCUCAGAGCGGCGUUAGUUUGAUUUUAAGCUCCUGUAAGCUGCGUUUUAUGGGCGGCCUCCCGCGAGGCCGGCAGUCCCGCCUGCUGUUGGCAGAGGUUACACGGCAGGAGCUGCCGCUCGCAUCGAAACGCUGCUUCGUGCGCUCAGCGUUGUGCUCAAUGCUUCUUUCCAGGUCAGAUAAAACUCUCCAGGAUAUUGUGUACAAGCUCGUGCCGGGCCUUUUCAAAAAUGAAAUGAAAAGAAGAAGGGAUUUCUAUGCUGCUCAUCCGUCGGCUGAUGCUGCCAAUGGCUCUAAUGAAGACAGGGGAGAAGUGGCUGACGAAGACAAAAGAAUUAUAACAGACGACGAGAUAAUAAGCUUAUCCAUUGAGUUCUUUGACCAGAACAGACUGGAACGAAAAGGAAAUAAAGAGAAAGAAAAAUCAAAGGAGGAGGUGAAUGACAAGAGAUACUUGCGCUGCCCAGCAGCAAUGACAGUGAUGCAUCUACGAAAGUUCCUGCGGAGCAAGAUGGACAUCCCCAACACUUUCCAGAUCGACGUGAUGUACGAGGAGGAGCCCCUGAAGGACUACUACACGCUGAUGGACAUUGCCUACAUCUACACCUGGAGACGGAACGGCCCGCUGCCCCUCAAGUACCGUGUGCGGCCCACCUGCAAGCGGAUGAAAAUCGGCCACCAGCGGGAAGGCCUCAGCAACAGCGGCGAGCUGGAGAGCGACUCCGGCAGCGACAAGGCCAGCAGCCCGGCCGGGGGGCUGCCCUCCACCUCCUCCUGCCUGCCCAGUCCCAGCACGCCGGUCCAGUCCCCCCACCCGCAGUUCCCACACAUCUCCAGCACCAUGAACGGCACCAGCAGCAGCCCUGGCAGCAACCACCAGUCCUCCUUCACCAACAGAGCACGGAAAUCCUCCAUAAACGGCUCCUCGGCCACUUCGUCCGGCUGACGGCCCGGCCCCGACCCUCCUCUCUAUAGAUCUCUCAUGCCAUUACAGCUUUAUAGAUGCUAAUACACGUGACUCUCGUCCAAACUGCUUUCUUUUGUAGUGACACUGAACUUGGCUAUAAAAGGCGAACUAGGUGACAUUCGCUGUGGACGUUAAUUGCGACGCGAGAUUGAAAUGUAAAUGGUUUCCAAAGGACCGGGAAGCAAACAGAAGUGACACCUGGGUGUGCUGAGUGCUGCGGGGCCCUCAGCCCGACCGAGCUGGUAGAAGCCCUGGGACGUAGCUGGUUAACCCAGACUAACUCCUCCACCGCGUUCUCUUCGAUUGUUAUUGUUAUUAUGCCGUUUUGUGAACCUGUAGAAAGCAAGUGCUUUUUCAUCUUGAAAUUCGACGAAACAGAAAGGAUAUGCAUAGAAUAAUGCAUAUAUGUAGCCAUGUCACUGUGAAUAACAAUUUUUGCGUAUUAGCCAUUUUGAUUCUUAUGUUGCAUCCUUAAUUCUCUGUUGCUGCACAGAACCGAUCAAACGAAAAGUAAACUUCAGUUUUACAAUCUGUAUGCCUAAAAGCGGGUAUUACCGUUUUAUUUACUGACUUGUUUAAAUGAUUCGCUUUUGUAAGAAUCAGAUGGCAUUAUGCUUAUUGUACAAUGCCAUAUUGGUAUAUGACAUAACAGGAAACAGUAUUGUAUGAUAUAUUUAUAAAUACUAUAAAGAAAAUAUUGUGUUUCAUGCACUCAUGAUAUGGUUGUUAAAUUUCAGAACCGGUUCGACCCUUGCAGAUGCCGCCUGGUUGAGCUCUGCUCGCACUGCCAUAGAGCUGCAGCGCUGAGGAAGCACAGCCACUCUGAUAACCUGGAGGCGAUUGCCAAUCCCGAAAGCAUUUGACUGCCUUUGUCCUUUUUUUUUGUUGUUGUUGUUCCCCCAAGUGGUCUAUUUUACUUUACCAAAUGUUGUUGAAGUGAUGAAGUGAAGGAAAAAAAAAAAAGCAAAAAAAAAAAAGACAAAAAAAAAAAACAAAAAAGUUAAGGGAGAUGAAAGUAAUUGACGUGCUUUGAUUGCCUUUUUAUUACUUGGUGCGGUGGGGACUGUGUUUUUAAAAGCACACGGAAUCAUUAUAGAAGCCAUAAACUAUUUGGUAUAAAUUUUAAGGAGCCAGCAGUUUGCUGGGUGAAGGCAUUUUAUCUAAAUUUCUUUUAAUAUAUAUGUAUAUGGUACAGUACUAACUUCAUUAGAGCUUAACAGGUACUUGAAUCCUUCGAUAAAUUGCGGAGAAUGCCUCCUCGGGGAGGGCCGCCAGCAGGGGCGUUUCCUGGGGGCUCCUGAGGGUUUGGUUUGUUCAGCAGAAGGAACUUUUCCAACACCAAACAGAACGGCCCAGAACACUUUUCAGUUUGUGCUUUGCUUUGGUCGAACUUCGUGUGUGUUCAUCACCCACCAGUUAUACAUUUGUGAGGGUGUUUAUUCUAUAUGGAUAUUGUUUCAUGUUUGUACGGGAAAAUUGUAGUUAAACAUUUCAUUGUCUCCAGUCUGCAAAAGAAGCACAAUUCUAUUGCUUUGUCUUGCUUAUAGUCAUUAAAUCAUUACUUUUGCAUAUAAA